AUGAAAGCUGAACGGCACUAUUCCUCUCAAAACCUACUAGAGCCAGAUAUUCUUGAAAUGCAGAAGGAAAUUAAAAUGAUGUUGGAACGUAUUAUAUCAUUCCUUGCCCUUACCAAGAACGAAAUAUUACCUGGUAUGAAGGAGAUACUGCGUUCAUAUGAGAAUAAACUGAUGAAUUACAUCAAUGAAUACAGACUUAGGAAAAGCAUGCCUCCAUUGCAGUCUGAGCAUAUGCCUCCCAUGCCACAAUCGCAAUCCCAACGUUCUCUUGUGCUGUCUCAUGGAACUUCUCAAUCGCAAACAUCAAAUUUGGUCGACCAUUAUUUGCGUUCAACAAGAGGUGACGGGAGAGACAAAGUGUAUCAGAGAGAAACUUUCUCGCCAGAUAUAUAUGAAAUACUGGACGAAGUUACCACUAAAAUUCAGCAGCACUAUUCCUCUCAAAACCGACUAGAGCCAGAUAUUCUUGAAAUGCAUAAGGAAAGUUGUAACGUAUUAAUUAUAUCAUUUUUUGCCCUUAACAAGAACGAAAUAUUACCUGGUAGGAAGGAGAUACUGCGUUAA